CCGGACCGCGCACCCUCUCAGGGGAAAGGACACGCCCUCGGGGACAGCCCGUUGGGACCCGGCCUUGGGCAACCUCGGUUCCCGGCGGCCGCCGCCCGCCCGCGCGGACCAGCCCCGGACUCCGCAGGCGGCUGCUCCUCCUGAGGCCCCGCCGGCCCGCCGCCCCCCCGGACGCCCCUCAGCCGGCGCCCGCCCAUGCUCUCGGCCACCGGGAGGGCCCGCCAGCUCCUCCACAGCCUCCUUCCCGUCGCGAGGAUGGGCGAGUCGGCCUCCAAGAUCGUCAGCCCCCAGGAGGCCCUGCCGGGCCGGAAGGAGGCGACCCUCGUAGCAGCCAAACAUCAUGUCAAUGGCAACAGAACAGUCGAACCUUUCCCAGAGGGAACACAGAUGGCUGUAUUUGGAAAAACUGGCCACGCAGAAGUCGUCCGAGUCGUGUACCAGCCAGAACACAUCAGCUUUGAGGAACUGCUCAAGGUCUUCUGGGAGAAUCACGACCCGACCCAAGGCAUGCGCCAGGGCAACGACCACGGCACUCAGUACCGCUCAGCCAUCUACGCGACCUCGGCCCAGCAGAUGGAGGUGGCCCUGCGGUCCCGGGACGACUACCAGAAGGUCCUCUCGGAUCACGGCUUCGGCCCCAUCACCACCGACAUCCAGGAGGGACAGACUUUCUACUACGCGGAGGACUACCACCAGCAGUACCUGAGCAAGAACCCCGACGGCUACUGCGGCCUCGGCGGCACCGGCGUGUCCUGUCCGCUGGGUAUUAAAAAAUAAUUUCUCCCCACAUGCUGGGCCCUGGGGGUUCCUGCAAAAAUGCUUUUAACAAAUUGGG